CUAAAACGAAGAGGCAGUCGGGAAAUGUACAAAGAGAAGAAAACGUUUAACCAGGAUGACAGUGCCGAUUUGAAGUGCCAGCUUCAGUUUGCCAAAGAGGAAGCCUCCCUGAUGCGCAAAAAGAUGGCCAAACUAGGAAGGGAGAAAGACGAACUGGAACAGGAGCUGCAGAAGUACAAGUCCCUCUACGGCGACGUGGACAGCCCCCUCCCAACCAGGGAGGCCGGCGGGCCCCCCAGCACCCGGGAGGCGGAGCUGAAGCUGCGGCUGAAGUUGGUGGAGGAGGAAGCCAACAUCCUGGGCCGGAAGAUCGUGGAGCUGGAGGUGGAGAACCGAGGCCUCAAGGCGGAGAUGGAGGACAUGCGGGGCCCACAGGAGCGCGAGGGCGCGGGCCGGGACCCCCUUCCAAGCGUCCCGACCUCACCCUUCGGCGACUCCCCAGACUCCUCGGCGGAGCUGCGCCGGCACCUGCAGUUUGUGGAAGAGGAAGCGGAGCUGCUCCGGAGGUCCAUAUCUGAGAUCGAAGACCACAACCGGCAGCUGACCCGUGAGCUGAGCAAGUUCAAGUUCGAGCCCCGCCAGGAGCCAGCGUGGCUUGGGGACGGCGUGGGUCGGGGCGCCGGCGGCGGGCCCCACUUGCAGGAGGAGCUGCAGGCGGCCAGGCUGCAGAUCAGUGAGCUCAGCGGGAAGGUGCUCAAGCUGCAAUAUGAGAACCGCGUGCUGCUGUCCAGCGUCCAGCGCUGCGAUCUGGCCGCUCACCUGGGGCUGCGUGCCCCGAGCCCCCGGGACAGUGACGCCGACAGCGACGUGGGCAAGAAGGAGAGUGACGGCGAGGAGGGCCGCCCACCCCAGCCCAAGCGGGAGGGCCCCGUGGGCGGGGAGAGUGACUCAGAGGAGAUGUUCGAGAAGACGUCGGGCUUUGGGAGCGGGAAGCCCUCGGAGGCCAGCGAGCCGAACACAGCAGAGCUCCUGCGGGCGAGGGAGGACCUGGACUGCCUGGUGACCAUAAGGCAUGAGGCCCAGCGGCUCGAGCGGACCGUGGAGCGCCUUGUCGCGGACACCGACCGCUUCAUCCGGGACACCUUGCCACCGGGGCCUGGUGUCCAGGGCGAAGGGGAGCGGGGCGAGGGGUGCCAGAGUGAGCCCACCCUGCUGGAGACCGUCAACGCCAAGAUGAAGGCCUUCAGGAAGGAGCUGCAGGCCUUCCUGGAGCAGGUGACCCGGGUGGGCGACGGCUUGUCGCCCUUGCCCCACCUCACGGAGUCCUCCAGCUUCCUGUCCACUGCCACCUCCGCGUCCCGGGACUCCCCCAUCGGGACCCUGGGGAAGGAGCUGGGCCUGGACUUGCAGUCCAAACUGAGAGACCAGCUGGAGUGGCAGCUGGGUCAGGACGGCGGGGACGAGUGGGACGGCCUGCGCCUCCGAGCUACACAGGAGCUGCACCGCCGGGCUGAUGGGGACACCGGGAGCCGCAAGCCGGGAAGCCAGAGCUGCUUCCAUCUAGAGCUCAGGGGCCCCCCCGUUUUACCCGAGCAGAGUGUAUCGAUAGAAGAGCUACAGGGUCAGCUCGCGCAGGCGGCCAGACUGCGUCAAGAGGAGACAGAGACCUUUACAGACAAGAUCCGUAAGAUGGAGGAGGAGCACCUCUAUGCCUUGAGGUGGAAAGAACUAGAAAUGCACAGCCUGGCUUUGCAAAACACCCUCCAUGAGCGAACCUGGAGUGAUGAGAAGAAUCUGAUGCAGCAGGAGCUCCGGUCCUUGAAGCAGAACAUCUUCCUCUUCUACGUCAAACUCAGGUGGCUGCUGAAACACUGGCGGCAAGGGAAGCAGAUGGAGGAGGAAGGAGAGGAUUUCACUGAGGCUGAGCAUCCAGAGACCGCCCCUGGGCUUGGUGAGCUUGGGGUCCAGGGGGGCUACCAGGUGGACGGACCAGACCAAAAUGAUGGUGAUCGAGGCUGUGGCUUUCUGAUGGGGGAGCAUUCCCCACACUCCCUGGUGCAGGUCGGCGACCACGGCUCACGACUGCAGACUGUGGACGGGGGACAGCUCCACAAGCAGGUGGCGGAAAACCAGCAGCUGUUCGCUGCCCUCAGGGCCCUGCUGGAGAACCUGCACACGGAGCUGCGGGAAGACCAGCUGGCCCGGCGGCGGCUGCAGCAGCAGUAUGCCAGCGACAAGGCCACCUGGGAUGUGGAAUGGGCCAUGCUCAAGUGCCGCCUGGAACAGCUGGAAGAGAAGACCGAGAAAAACUUGGGAGAACUAGGCUCCUCUGCUGAGAGCAAAGGGGCCUUGAAGAAGGAGAGAGAGGUGCACCAGAAGCUCCUGGCUGACAGUCACAGCCUGGUCAUGGAACUGCGCUGGCAGACCCAUCACAGUGAGAAGAAUUGGAACCGGGAGAAAGUGGAGCUUCUUGAGCGCCUGGACAGAGAGCGGCAAGAGUGGGAACGGCAGAAGAAAGAGCUCUUAUGGAGGAUAGAGCAGUUGCAGAAAGAGAACAGUCCCCGGAGAAGUGGCAGUUUCCUCUGUGAUCAGAGAGAAAGUGUCAUCCGCCCCUUCUCCCACCAGGGCAGCCUCCAUGUGUCCCGACCUGUGUCAAUAUGGCCCUGCACAGAUGCUGACUCCACCCAAUUUGAAGACCUGCCACUGUCGAAGCUAAAGGAAUCAGACAGGUGCUCGGCCAGUGAGGACCUCUACCUGGAUGCCUUGUGCCUAGACGAUGAGCCAGAGGAGCCGCCGCCCCGCAGGCCCGAGAGGGAGUUCAGGAACCGCCUCCCCGAGGAAGAAGAAAGUCACAAAGGGAAUCUUCAGAGGGUGGUGUCUGUGUCCUCCAUGUCCGAGUUCCAGCGCCUGAUGGAUGGCUCCCCCUUCCUGCCUGAGAAGGGCCUACCAUGUGCCAGCAGCAAGGAGGACAUCACUCCACCCCUGUCUCCUGACGACCUCAAGUACAUCGAGGAAUUCAACAGCAACAGUUGGGACUAUGCGCCCACCAGGGACCAUGGCGGGGCUGGGACCAAGCGGCCCCCAGACAUCUGGACAGACAGGACUGAGGUGGGGCAGGCAGGGCACGAGGCCGCCGCUGAGCCUUUCCCCAACUCCUCCUGGUAUCUGACCACAAGUGUCACCAUGACCACAGACACCAUGACCAGCCCAGAGCACUGCCAGAAGCAGCCAUGGAGGAGCCAUGUGGUCGCUGAGCAGUUGGGGGUGCGCAUGCUGCAUAGCCCUCCCACUGUCCACAGGGUUGACAGCAUCACGGCAGCGGGUGGUGAGGCUAGGGGCCGGCUGGACCCUGAGGGCCCCUUUCCCACGAGCAGAGCCCGAGGGAGCCUGGCAGACGCCAAGGGGGACCCUCCGGACUCCGUCCUCGGCAGGUGGCCUUGUGCUCCCUCCAGACACCCUCGAGACUUCGUGGAGGGGGCGCUCUGUCCCCUCGACAGUCCCCUUUGCACCCCACUAGGUUUUGCCUCCCCACUGCACAGCCUAGAGAUGUCCAAGAACAUGAGUGAUGACAUGAAGGAGGUGGCCUUCUCUGUCAGGAAUGCCAUCUGCUCUGGUCCCACCCAGCCACAAGUCAAGGAUACAGCCUGCCAGACCAAUGGGUCCCGGACGACGGGGACGCAGACCGUCCAGACCAUCACCGUGGGCCUGCAGACCGAAGCCCUGCGUGGCAGUGGCGUCACCAGCAGCCCCCAUAAGUGUCUCACGCCAAAGGCUGGGGGCAGCACCACACCCGUGUCAUCCCCUUCCCGCAGCCUUAGGAGCAGGCAGGUGGCCCCUGCCAUCGAGAAGGUGCAGGCCAAGUUUGAACGCACGUGCUGCUCCCCCAAGUACGGGUCUCCCAAGCUACAGAGGAAACCUCUCCCCAAAGCUGACCAGCCCAAUAACAGGACCGCACAAGGGACAGCCCCAAGAGGGUACAGUGAGUCAGCCUGGGCCCGGUCUACCACCACGCGGGAGAGUCCUGUGCUCACCACCAUCAACGAUGGGCUCUCCAGCCUCUUCAAUAUCAUUGACCACAGCCCUGUGGUGCAGGACCCCUUCCAGAAGGGGCCGUGGGCUGGAAGUCGGUCUCGUUCAGCAGAGCCCCAGCCAGAGCUGGGCCUGGGCCAGGAGACAGGCACCACCAGCUCCCGAGGAAGGUCACCCAGCCCCAUUGGGGUGGGCUCAGAGACAUGCAGGGAAGACGGGGGAGAGGGCACACUGGUGAAACAGGACCUAUCUGCACCCCCUGGUUACACGCUCACCAAGAACGUGGCCCGGAUUCUCCACAAGAAGCUGCUGGAACACGCCUUAAAGGAGGAGAGGAGGCAGGCCUCCCACGGCCCCGCAAGUCUUAACGGUGACAGCCACUCAGGAGAAAUGGGCAUAACUGAACCAGGGCCCAUGGAGAACCAAACUGUCUUACUAACUGCCCCCUGGGGACUCUAGCCCUGCUGCCUCACGCUGAACUACCUUGUUCUGCACUUGCUCCGCCCCUAGAGUCCUGCUUCUCUAGGCCCGAGAGACCAGCAAACCGUCGCCCUCCAUCCCG